AUGCUCCUAUGUGUUUCCGGCUUCUGGGUUUUGCCAACGGAAGGUGCUGGUACAGAAGGUUUCUCAAGAAACUCUUCUUCUUCUUCUUCUCGGUCAAGCUCUGUCAACGUUGGAGCUCUGUUUACUUAUGAUUCUUUCAUCGGAAGAGCAGCCAAACUUGGGAUUAUGGUGGCCAUUGACGACUUUAAUGCUGAUCAGAGUAUUCUCGGGGGAACCAAGCUCAAUGUUGUCUUUCAUGACUCAAACUGCAGUGGAUUUGUUGGCACCAUGGAAGCUUUGCAGGUAAUGGAGAACAAGGUGGUUGCAGCCAUUGGUCCACAAUCUUCAGAAAUUGGUCACAUAAUCUCCCAUGUAGCUAAUGAGCUUCAUGUACCUCUCUUGUCAUUUGCAGCGACGGACCCGACUCUUUCUUCGCUUCAAUACCCUUAUUUCUUUCGCACCACACAGAACGAUUACUUCCAGAUGAAUGCAAUCGCAGAUUUUGUAUCCUAUUGCCGAUGGAGAGAAGUUGUUGCCAUCUUUGUAGACGAUGAGUAUGGUAGGAACGGGAUAUCUGUAUUAGGUGAUGCUUUAGCAAAGAAACGUGCCAAGAUCUCUUACAAGGCUGCAUUUACACCCGGUGCAGAUAAUAGCUCAAUCAAUGACUUGUUGGUUUCUGUUAAUUGUAUGGAAUCUCGCAUCUUUGUUGUUCAUGUGAAUCCUGAUUCGGGUUUAAACAUAUUCUCUGUCGCCAAGUCUCUUGGGAUGAUGGACAGUGGCUAUGUCUGGAUCGCCACUGAUUGGCUUCUUACAGCAUUGGAUUCUGUAGAACCCGUCGUGGAUCCCAAAACUAUGGAUCUCUUGCGAGGAGUAGUUGCUUUUCGACAUUACACACCUGAGAGUAACAAGAAGAGACGGUUUAAAGCAAGAUGGAAAAACCUUAGAUCAAAAGAGAGUUCAAGAAGUGAUGAUGGCUUCAAUUCUUUUGCAUUGUAUGCUUAUGAUUCUGUUUGGUUGGUAGCUCGUGCUCUCGAUGUUUUCUUCAGAGAAGGCAAUACAGUGACGUUCUCCAAUGAUCCGGAUCUGAGGAAAACCAACGAUAGCAACAUUAAGUUUACAGCACUUAACGUCUUUAAUGAAGGGGAGAGAUUCAUGCAGGUCAUUCAUGAGAUGAAUUAUACAGGUCUGACCGGACAAAUCGAGUUUGAUUCAGAGAAAAACCGGAAAAAUCCAGCAUACGACGUUUUAAACAUAAAAAGUAGAGGUCUACACAGAGUCGGGUACCUGUCAAAUCAUAAAGGUUUCUCAGUUGAGCCUCCUGAGACAUUAUACUCUAAGCCUCCAAACACAUCUACAGAACAUCAACGUCUUAAUGAGAUCAUAUGGCCAGGGAAGGUAACAAAGCCACCUCGGGGUUGGGUUUUCCCUGACAAUGGAAGGCCGCUCAAAAUUGGAGUGCCUAACCGUGUAAGCUACAAAAACUAUGCAUAUAAGGACAAUAACCCACUUGGUUUUAAAGGCUAUUGCAUCGACAUCUUUGAAGCUGCUGUUCAUUUGCUUCCGUAUCCUGUCCCACGUACUUAUAUACUAUAUGGGGACGGAAAGAGAAAUCCUUCAUAUGACAAUCUGUUAAGCCAAUUUGCUGCAAAUAAUUUCGAUGUAGCUGUUGGGGAUGUUACAAUCAUUACAAACAGAACCAAGUUUGUAGAUUUCACGCAGCCAUUUAUGGAAUCAAGGCUUGUGGUUGUAGCUCCAGUGAAGGAGGCCAAGUCUAGUCCUUGGUCGUUCUUGAAGCCAUUCACUUUAGAGAUGUGGGCUGUGACCGGAGCCUUGUUUCUCUUUGUGGGAGCCAUCAUUUGGAUUCUUAAACAUCGCUUUAAUGAAGAAUUUCGUGGACCCCCUAGGCGUCAAAUCAUCACCAUUUUCUGGUUUAGCUUCUCAACGAUGUUCUUCUUUCACAGGGAGAACACAGUGAGCUCGUUGGGGAGGUUUGUGCUACUCAUAUGGUUAUUUGUGGUUCUGAUCAUCAACUCAAGCUACACAGCCAGUCUCACUUCGAUCCUCACCGUUCAACAGCUAACAUCUCGGAUAGAAGGAAUGGAGAGUCUAAUAACAAGCAAUGAACCCAUUGGAGUACAAGACGGUACCUUUGCGUGGAAAUAUCUGAUCAAUGAACUUAACAUAGCUCCAUCAAGAAUCAUUCCGCUGAAAGACGAAGAAGAAUAUCUCUCUGCUCUUCAACGUGGUCCUAGAGGCGGUGGUGUGGCAGCCAUUGCCAACGAGCUUCCUUACAUCAAAGCUCUAUUGUCAAACAGUAACUGCAAGUUCCGUACAGUUGGACAGGAAUUCACCAGGACAAGCUGGGGAUUUGCUUUCCAGAGAGACUCUCCUCUAGCUGUGGACAUGUCAACAGCGAUCCUGCAACUGUCUGAAGAAGGAAAACUGGAAAAAAUCUGCAAGAAAUGGCUUACCUACAGCCACGAAUGCACAAUGCAGAUUUCAGACACAGAGGACUAUCAAAUCUCGGUACAGAGCUUCUGGGGACUCUUCCUAAUCUGUGGCAUCGUUUGGUUCAUUGCACUCACCCUCUUCUGCUGGAAAGUUUUCUGGCAAUGGCAACGGUUAAGACCAGAAGAAGAAGACAGUGAUGAAGUAAGGACCAGUGAGGAGGCUGGUCCUUCUAGAUCAGGGAGAAGUUUGAAGCCAGCAGCGAGUUUCAAGGACUUGAUCAGAGUUGUUGAUAAGAGAGAAGCAGAGAUCAAGGAGAUACUUAAGCAGAAAAGCAGUAAGAAACUCAAAGCUAGCCAAAGCUCAGCUGAAACUACAUAGAGACGGUUUAGAUUAUAAAAAAAAAUUAAAAAGAGUUACACAAUUUGUUCAAUUGAUUACUGAUAUAUAACAUUACUUACCGGGGUAAAUAAUUUUAUCA